AUGUCGCGCGCUACCACGAACCGUGACUCGGUCGCUUUUGCUUGUACGGUUGCUAAUGCCAUGCGCAUUUUCCAGGCUCUCCGGAGAUCGAUCAAGGGGGACAAGGACAAGAGUCCACAGAUAGCUAUCGCCCCGAAGUCUGCAGUUGCCAUCGUACCCCCCAAAAAGGUUAUUCGAGCUCUUUACGACUACGAGGCGCAAUCAACCCAGGAAUUAGGCUUCUCGCGGGGCGAUUUCUUUCAUGUAAUCGGCCGUGAGAACGAUUCUGACUGGUACGAGGCGUGUAACCCAGCGCUUCCCGACGCACGCGGCCUCGUUCCUGUAGCGUUUUUCCAAGCUUUAGGCCGCACCGAAAGAGACAGCGGUCAGUCGGACUCUGGCCCAAGAUCUGCGACCAAGAAGGAGGAUCACGACUCCGGCUUCUCAGAAACGAACCCGUCCGCAAUGCCGCCGCCGACACCCGCGCUUAGUCAAAGCAGCGCCAAGACUGCCGUCAAGAAUGGUGCUAUGGUGUAUGGGAUUGUCAUGUAUGACUUCCAGGCAGAGAGGGCGGACGAGCUGGAGGCGAAAGCUGGUGAGGCUAUCAUCGUGAUAGCCCAAUCUAAUCCAGAAUGGUUUGUCGCAAAGCCUAUCGGUCGUUUAGGAGGUCCUGGUCUCAUCCCCGUGUCAUUUGUCGAAAUCCGAGACAUGGGGACGGACACAGCAGUACCAAACCCCCAAGAUGCUGUGAAGCGAGCAGGAGUACCCCGAGUUGAGGAAUGGAAGAAGAUGGCCGCCGAGUACAAGAACAGCAGUAUCACUUUGGGCAAGUUCGAGGUUGGAGGCGCCCCAGGUCAAGCACAGUCUGUGGAGCAGGGAUUUGAGCGCAAGAGCUUGCAAUCAGGUGCCAACCGCCAGAGCGAGCAACUAACUCCUUCCAACCAGCAGCAACAGACACAACAAGGUGGAUAUCAGCAACAGGCUCAACAGGGUCAGCAGUCGCAGCGCAAUACACAGCAAAGCCAAACGGCCCAAAAGCCAGCAUCCAUGAUGUAUGCGCCCAUAUCCGCUCAAAUACCCAGGUAUUGUUUCGCCGAGGAGAAGUACUGGUUUGUCAUCGAGGCGAGCCUGGAGGAUGGCCGGCAUUGGGAACUCUCGCGGUAUUACGAGGAUUUCUACGACUUCCAGAUCGCCCUUCUCACCGAGUUCCCGGCCGAGGCUGGAAACACGGGCACGCAGAAGCGCACACUGCCGUAUAUGCCCGGCCCCGUUAAUUACGUGACCGACGCAAUCACCGAAGGGCGGCUUCACAACCUCGAUGCAUACGUAAAGAACCUGCUAGGUCAGCCGGCAUACAUCGCCAAGUGUAACCUGGUGAAGCAGUUUUUCGCGCCGAGGGAAGGUGACUACGAGGUGGAUCCCAACUCGAACGGGGACGAGUACAGAUUGUCGGCCGGGUCCAGGUCGUCAACCGACUCGCCUAGAGAUGGCGCCUCGCGGCAGUCCUCCAAGAACAACCUGAACGGAAAUGGAUAUUCCGGGUUAUCUGCGGCCCCGAGACAGAUGCAGAAUGGACAACCACAAAUGACGCGCCAGACCUCAUCUCUCUCGCAACCGUCGUUAACAUCGCUAUCUCCGGGGCUGAACCAGGCGGCCUCGACGUCGGCCUUCAAGGUCAAGUUGUUCUUCAACGGCGACACGUUCCUCAUCCGUGUGCCCUCGGAUACCAACUUCCAGCAGCUCUACGAGAAGAUAAGGGAACGUACGAAGAUUGCCGGCGGAGAACAGAUUCAACUCUUCUACCGAGACGAGCAGAGCGGCGACAAGCUCAGCCUUAUGAGCAACAAUGACCUCAACUAUGCGUUAGAUCAUAACGAGAAGUUGGUCAUAUUCGUGGAGCAAGUAUAG